GUUAAAAAACACUGGUGAAAUGUUUUAAGUUCCUGCCAACAAAUGACACAGGGAGGAGGGCUCCUUGUGUCAUUUGUUGACUGUUCUACCAGUCUUUCAGGUAGAACAGCGAAGAUACACAUCCAGUUAACUCACUUCACUGAGAUCUUCUCCAGCGACAGGGAAGAGCGUCACUUCAGUCUCCCAGAGAUGUCUAACAUUAGUAAGAAGUUGGUGAUCGUUGGGGACGAAUCUUGUUGGAAGACCCGUCUGCUCAUUGUGUUCACCACAGACAAGGUCCCCGAAGACUACCUUCCAACUGUGUUUGACAAUUGUGCGGCGAGUAUUAAAGUUGAUGGGAAAAUGGUGGAACUGGGCCUUUGGGACAUAGCUGGUCAGGGAGACUAUGACCGACUGAGGCCUCUUUCCUAUGCAGGCACUGAUGUAGUCCUCAUGUGCUUCUAUGUGGACAACCCAGACAGUUUAGAAAAUAUUUUAAAAAAGUGGAGUCCUGAAGUGAAACACUUCUGUCCUAAUGUUCCAAUAAUCCUGGUGGGGCUCAACAAAGACCUUCGCAAUGAUGACCAAACCAGAAGAAAGCUUGCUAUAACGAAACAGGAGCCAGUUACAUUUGAAGAGGGGAAAGAAAUGGCUCAUCGCAUUGGUGCCUACAGCUACCUGGAAUGUUCUAGCAAAACCAAAGAUGGCGUAAGAGAAGUCUUUGAAGUGGCAAUUAGGGCAGCAUCGGCAGGCAACAGCUGCGGGAAGAGGUCCUUGUGCGUGCUUUUAUAG